AUGGCUGCGGUUGCAAUUUCAAACGGAAUAAACGGUAACGACGAUAAAGUAAGUUUAUUAGUAAUAAUAUUGGUUGGAAAUAUACUUUAGUUACUAUAUCAUUAGACCUUUAGAACGUUUUCUUUUAAGUUUUGGGUCUUUACUUAAAUGGAAAUUAAUAGUUUUAAUAUUUUUUAAACCUUAUACUAACUCAUUUUCCCGCCACGAAUUUAUUUGAGUUUUGGCAUUGCGAUUUAAGCGAAAGCUCUUCGUAAAAAUUUAUUUUCUUUUGCUUCAGACCUUGAACGGUGCUAUGACACUCGAGAAUGGUGUAGUCAAAGAGGAAGACAGUUCAUCUGAAGACGAAGUACCUUGGGCCGAACGUGUUUCACACGAAGCGAGCCAAGAGAAGGAGGAGGUCGUGAAACGGCCGGUCAAACGCGAGCUCUCACCCAAGUCCGAGAGUCCGGAGCCUAAAAAACGACGGGGAAAGAAGAAGAGUUAUGCUGAAAGCGACAACGAAAGUGAAUAUCAAGAAAGUGAUGAGGAUGUGAAGCCUAAGGUAAUAUUUUUGAGUUUUUGAUUUGCUUUUAGGUUUAAAUUGGAGGUUUAUGGUUAAUAUAAGUUUUAUUAGCUUCUGUAAACUGUAUUUUCUUGUAAAUUAUGUUACGAUGAAGACUUUUAUUAACUUAGUAUUGUUUUUAGAAGAAAGCAAAGAAGAAAGAGGUGAAGAAAGAAGCGAAAACUUCAAAAAAAUCUAAAAAGGUUGAGGUUGUGGAUGCUCAUGUCGAGAAGAAGAAAAGAAAAGUGAAAGACGAGCCAUCUUCAGCAACUCCAUCGCCGAAAAAGAAGAAGAAACAAGAGGAAGAAGAGGAGGUCUGGAAAUGGUAAGUUAUUCAUUAUAUUUCUUUUUAUUUAGGGUUUUGAAGGGUUUGGCAAUAUUAUUUUAAUCAACGGAUAUUAACAUGGAUUUUAUUUUAAUUCUUGGCUGAAAAUUGAAUAGGGAAAGAGUAUUUGCUGGUUUUCAAGAAAACAAAGUAAUAAUUAUGUUAUUUUAGGUGGGAAGAGGAAAAGAAGCCCGACGGUAUCAAGUGGAACUCUCUGGAGCACAAAGGACCUUUAUUUGCUCCUGCUUAUGAUCCUCUUCCAAAGCAUGUUAAGUUCCGUUACAACGGUAAAGAAAUGAAGUUGUCACAAGAUGCGGAAGAAGUCGCUACCUUCUAUGCCAGGAUGUUGGACCAUGAAUAUACGGCGAAGAAGGUCUUCAACGACAACUUCUUCAAAGAUUGGAGGAAAACAAUGACUUCAGAAGAGAAGGAGAAGAUCACAGAUUUAACUAAAUGUGAUUUCAAGGAAAUUCAAGCGUAUUUCUUGGAGGAAUCAGAGAAACGAAGAAACUUGAGCAAGGAGGAAAAGCUGAAGAUCAAGGAGGAGAAAGAAGCUGAAACGAAAGUUUAUGGAUUUGCAUUUAUCGAUGGUCACAAGCAGAAGAUUGGAAACUUCAGAAUUGAGCCUCCAGGCUUGUUUAGAGGUAGAGGUGACCAUCCUAAGAUGGGAAGACUGAAGAAGAGGAUAACACCCAGAGAUGUCAUUAUUAAUUGUUCCAAAGGAUCCGCUAUUCCUGAUCCACCACCGGGAACUAAGUGGAAGGAGGUGGGUUUUGAUUUUUAGAUAGUUUAUUACCUAGUUAAUAUCGUGUUUAUGGUUAAGAAAUCAUUUAUGAGACAUUGCUUGUUUUACACGACGUAAAUCUUUAAAUUUAGAGGUUUUUUAAGGUCAAUAUGAAUUAGUAUUAUAUUUUUUAGGUUCGUCACGACAACACUGUGACUUGGCUCUGCUCCUGGACUGAGAACGUUUUGGGUAACAACAAGUAUAUUAUGUUAAAUCCAUCUUCGAAGAUCAAGGGAGAAAAAGAUUUUGAAAAGUUCGAAACAGCUCGGAAGUUAAAAAAGUUGGUUGGAGAAAUUCGGAAACAAUAUACUGAAGACUUCAAGAACAGAGAAAUGCGAAUCCGACAAAGAGCUGUAGCCUUGUAUUUCAUUGAUAAGUUGGCACUGAGAGCUGGUAACGAAAAGGAUACGGACGAAGCGGCCGAUACUGUUGGUUGUUGUUCAUUACGGUGUGAGCAUGUCACUUUGAACGAGGAAUUGGACGGGAAAAAGUAGGUAUUAAAAAUAUAGAUUAAUAAAACAUUAUAAAUGGUUUUUUUUGUUAUUAUUGGAUGUAUUUCUUAUAGAUAAGACCUAACUUUAUUUUUUUCAGAUACGUGGUUGAAUUCGACUUUUUGGGUAAAGAUUCCAUUCGAUACUACAACAAGGUUCCAGUUGAGAAGCAAGUAUUUAAGAAUUUGAAGAUUUUCAAAGAAGACAAGGAGCCAGGGGAUGAUCUCUUUGAUCGCUUAGAUGUACGUUUAUCUUCUUUACGUUUUUCGUAUUUUAUAAGAUUAUAUUUUUAUUAUCUUUAAAAGGAAAGUAAAGGUACUGUAUUUUUGGACUUUACAUUCGAAUAAAUUACCAAAAUUUUUUCAGACGGCCACAUUGAACACACAUUUGCGUUCCCUGAUGCCCGGCCUCACAGCCAAAGUGUUCCGUACCUACAACGCUUCAAUUACCCUCCAAAAUCAACUCAACGAACUCACUGAUCCCAAAGCUUCAGUCAAUGAGAAGAUGUUGAGUUACAAUCGUGCUAAUCGUAUGGUCGCCGUCCUAUGUAACCAUCAACGUGCCGUGCCUAAAACGCACGAAAAAUCUAUGGAGAAUCUGGAGAACAAGAUCAAGGACAAGAAGAAGGAGCUGAAGGAAGCCAAGGCGGCGUUAGAUGGGGCUCGAGGCAAGGAGAAGGAAAAGGCUGAAAAGAAGGUGGACAGAAUUAAGGAGCAGCUGAAGAGAAUGAAGAUUCAGAGGACGGAUAAGGUAGGGGUUUAAAUGUAAAACAACUGUUGAUUAGUUGGGAUAUACUAUUUUUAAAUUGAUUGGUUUGGCUAUGAUAAAGAGUUUAAAAAAGUUUCAACUUUUUAAUUUUUUUAUUUCAGGAUGAGAACAAACAAAUCGCCCUAGGUACCUCCAAACUCAACUAUCUAGACCCUCGCAUCUCAGUGGCGUGGUGCAAGAAGUACGACGUGCCGGUGGAGAAGGUGUUCAACAAAACACAACGAGAAAAGUUCCGCUGGGCCAUCGACAUGGCCACACCAGACUACGAAUUCUAA